CUUCUGGGUAAUUUGUCUCACAGGAAGCACCAUGAGCUGCUAAACAAGUAGACAUCACAUGGCUUGGUAAAGGGUUGCUAAUAAAGAGGCGUUCAGUAUUGUAAAUACACUUUAUACUUCAGCAGGAAGAUUCACUCCACUGCAGGCUUCUUCAGUCAUGGAGGACAUCAGCACUGUGAAGUCCUGGUUUUCCAGCCCCGUUUACAGCCGCUACUGGCAGCACUACGAGCAAGCUAUGGCCUGGCACCAGAGACACAAGCGAGCCUACCGGAAGGCCUUGGAGGCUGCCUACGGCCACGCUUACAGCCAGGAGCAUCGUCCCAGCAGCCACCAGCAGCAGCAGCAACGCUACGCAGACUGGAACGCAGGGGAGGGCGACAGCGACGACGGGGACGAGGAGAGCAGCUCGGACAGCGAGAUCGAAUGUGAUGUCAGCAACAUGGAGAUCAGCGAGGAGCUUCGGCAGUACUUCGCCCAGACGGAGAAACACAGAGAGGAGCUGAAGAAGCAGCAGCAGAUGGAGGCCGAGCAGCACGAAAGCUACGUCCCGGCCGACCAGGACAUGCGCGGCGCCUCCUGGCGAAGCAGCGCAGCCCCUCCCGCGGAGCGACCCGGCGCGAGACGUGGGGCUGAGAUGAAGAAGCUAUUCGGCAAGGACGCGGCCAAGAUCAUGGCCAUGGAGGCGGCGAUGCAGCUCAAUUUCGACAGAAACUGUGACCUCAAACAGCCCAAGUACUGGCCCGUUAUCCCGCUGAAACUGUGAAGGCUGUAAACUGUUUUGAGUUGGAGGAAAUCCCUCCUCUGAUCUCUUGGUGAGACAGCAGCUUUGUCGCGUAAUGGAUUGUGGCUGUCGACGCUGCUGAUGUAGAACUAAUGGUGUGGGUUCGCUGAGGGUUACAAGUUAUUUUAAGCACAGAAAAAAGUUGCAUUAAUUAGCUGAGCUUCUGCUUAGCCGGGCGCGAAUGUCACUGACCUGUCAGCUGCUGCUCUAAAUGAAAACUUGUGAUUUUGAUGCUACACAUAUUGUUGUUUUUUUUACCGAAAGUUAUUUUUAACUCGAGCACUACGUUUUUUUUUGUCCUUCCACCGUUGUUUUUGCUAGAAUUCAGGACAAAAAACUGAAAAGCACCAAGAAUAAAAAAGAGUGUCAGCUGAUGUACAGUAACACUGCUCCUGUAGGUGAUGUAAAUAUAUUCAAACAACAUGUGCCUGCGUGUUUCCCCCUAAUCUCUCUCUGUUUACCCUCCAGCUCGGCGAUGUUACAUGCUGCAGUAGCUCCUCUUAUGCCUGUCAACUUAGUUUAACCACAAAAACAUUUUCAACCCCCGUUUCCUCUGUUUCAAAUUUAGAGGCGCUCCCGCAUGGCUGCGUCUGAUAUUCCACUUCUCAACAUACACGAAGAGUGAUUUGUUGUUGUUGCUUCUAAACCGCGCCUCUCUGAUUCUGACAUUUCAUCGGCUUCAAAGCCGCUCGUGUGGUUUCUCAGGAGGGACGUCGACUAUUCUCUUUUAUCUUGUGCCACCACCCAGCACCCUUUUUUUUUUUUAGACUGAAGGAUAUGUAUUUUAAUAUAAAUUCUGUUUAUAAUAAAGUCUGGAUUUGUCAGUGCUGAUUUCUUA